AUGAAGUACAAAAUAACAUCGAAGAGACUUGAUGAGAAGAUCCUGGCAGUUCAUGUGAACGGGGCUGUUUACACAGGCGGAACAUCUAGGACAUUGGUCAACCAGGAUACUGGAGAAGUGAUGUGCCGGUGCCGGAAGUCGAUAAGAUCAAUAGCAAGCCAUGGAAGGUACAUAUGCUGUGCAAGCUAUGAUUGCACUGCAGUGCUGUUCCACGACGGGAAGGUUGUAGAUGUCAUCGAGGGCCCAGACACAGAGAUCAAAUGUGUUGGAUUUUCCGAGGAUGGACGGUAUCUAGCCAUGGCUACACGAGGAAAGUCGGUGUGGGUGGUGAAGAUAGACCCCGAGAUAGAAAUCGACGAGAUUAUAGAGGAUCAUCUUCAUGAUGUAAAGGGUUGUGUGUUCCAUAAGGGAUUUCUAUUUACAUAUGGAUACGACAACACAAUAAAGAUCUACGAAAGGUUUGACUACGAUGACUCCUGGGAACUUGUGCAGUCGAUCAGUGAGAAAAAUACAGUAUGGUGUGUUAUAUUUCACGGGGAUAAAAUGGUAUGUUCCACCGAGGAAGGGACGAUCAGCUCGUAUGUGCUGAGAAAUGGGUGGGAGCUCGAGGCAUGCAAGAAGUUGUCGAUAUUUCCUAUCUAUUCGAUUUGUAGUGUUGGGAGGGAUAUGGCAUACGUUUUGAACAGAAACAACAUCGGGAUUAUCGACAGUAACCUGAACCUUACCACGACUAUUGAGGAUAUACAUGAAGACUUCAUAAAUGGAAUUGCAUAUGAUGAAGGACGAGGCAGGAUAAUCAGUGGAGGAGACGAUGGGAUUCUGAAUGUGAUCGAGAUGUUUUAG